CAUCACAUACACUCAACACCAUAAAAUCCCCCACUUACUCUUUUGAGAAAUUACAUUAGUCUAAAAAAAUGGAGUUCAAAGGGUCAUUUUUAAUUAAGCUUCUCUUGCUUCUGCAUGUAUCAAUUCUCUGUGCUUCACAGUCACAUGAUUUUGAUUUCUUCUACUUUGUUCAACAGUGGCCAGGAUCAUAUUGUGACUCACAGAAGAGUAGUUGUUGCUACCCAACAACUGGAAAGCCUGCUGCAGAUUUUGGAAUUCAUGGUCUCUGGCCUAAUUAUAAGGAUGGCACUUACCCUUCUAACUGUGAUCCCAGUAACGCUUUUAAGCCAUCUCAGAUAUCUGAUCUCACAAGUAAUUUACAAAAAAAUUGGCCCACACUAGCAUGCCCAAGUGGCAAUGGAAUAACAUUUUGGACCCAUGAAUGGGAGAAACAUGGUACUUGCUCUGAAUCAGUGCUAAGUCAACAUGACUAUUUUGAAACAACUCUCAAUUUGAGACAAAAAGCCAACCUCCUCCAAGCUCUUACAAGUGCAGGAAUACAACCUGAUGGAGGAUCCUACACUUUGAGCAGCAUCAAAGGAGCUAUACAAAAUGCAAUUGGGUAUACUCCAUACAUUGAAUGCAAUGUUGAUUCAUCCAAAAACAGCCAACUUUAUCAAGUUUACUUGUGUGUGGACACUUCUGGAUCAGACUUCAUUGACUGCCCUGUGUUCCCAAAAGGCAAAGCAUGUGGAUCUAAGAUUGAGUUCCCAUCUUUUUAAGUUGCAUUUUGUAAGACAAAAAUCUAGUAUACAUGUUGUUCUUUUCAUGUAUUCAAUAAUUAUAGUGAUAAUUGAAAUUUGAAUUUCUACUUGUUUUUAUUA